CCGAGGAGCGGCCCAGCGGGUGCGAUCGCCUCCUUUGAGAUAAAUAAGUAAGUCAGCCCCAAGUUUUGAAAUUGGUGGGAGAAGCAACCGCCGCCGUCCCCGUCAACCUGCAGCCAGACCGGCCAUCGCUCCAGCAGCGCCCUGGGAAAUCCUUCGCGGUGUCUAAAAUAAUAACCCAAACUGCAAGGUCCUGCUAGCAAGUCAUGAUGGUUGAAUCUGCCUCGGAGACGAUACGGUCCACUCCCUCCAGCCAAAACGGGGUCAGCAGCCUCAGCAACCAGCCCGAUGGCGGCGGGGGCGGCGCAGGCGGCGGCGGAGGGGGCGGCGGGCGCGAAGGAGCCGCGAGCGGCGAGACCAACGGCGAGAUGAGCCCCGUGGAGCUCCUGCACUUCCAGCAGCAGCAGGCUCUCCAGGUGGCACGCCAGUUCCUGCUGCAGCAGGCCACGGGGCUGAGCUCCCCCAGCAGCAAUGAGGGCAAGCAGCCGGCGGUGCAGGUCCCGGUGUCCGUGGCCAUGAUGUCCCCGCAGAUGAUCACACCGCAGCAAAUGCAGCAGAUCCUCUCGCCGCCCCAGCUCCAGGCCCUCCUGCAGCAGCAGCAGGCGAUAAUGCUGCAACAGUUGCAGGAAUAUUACAAGAAGCAACAGGAGCAGCUUCACCUGCAGCUAUUGACACAGCAGCAAGCCGGAAAGCAGCAACCCAAAGAGCCGUUAGGGAACAAGCAGCUGGCCUUCCAGCAGCAGCUCCUGCAGAUGCAGCAGCUCCAGCAGCAGCACCUGUUAAACCUGCAGCGCCAGGGGCUGGUGAGCCUCCCGCCGGGACAGGGCACCGUGCCCCUGCAGACCCUGCCCCAAGCUGUGUGUCCCUCGGACCUCCAGCAGCUCUGGAAGGAGGUCACGGCCACCCAGCCCGUCGAGGACAGCAUUAAGCAAGAAGGUCUCGACCUCACCACCAACACCUCCAACUCUACCUCGUUUUCGGCCGCCAAGGUCUCGCCUCCCAUUUCCCAUCACCCUCUGCCCAAUGGACAGAGCACCAUGCACACGCCGAGAAGGGACAGCUCUUCCCACGAAGAGACCCCCGGCUCCCACCCGCUCUACGGCCACGGAGAGUGCAAGUGGCCCGGCUGCGAAACCCUCUGUGAGGACUUGGGACAGUUUGUCAAACACCUCAAUACAGAACAUGCACUUGAUGACCGAAGCACGGCCCAGUGUCGAGUCCAGAUGCAAGUGGUACAGCAGCUGGAAAUACAGCUGGCAAAGGAGAGCGAGCGUCUCCAAGCAAUGAUGGCCCAUCUUCACAUGAGACCUUCAGAGCCAAAGCCUUUCAGCCAACCUCUGAACCUGGUCUCCAGUGCCACCCUCUCCAAGAGCACUUCGGACACGUUCCCCGACGGCUUACCUCAUCCCCCCACCUCCGCCACGGCGCCCAUCACCCCCCUGCGGCAGGGCCCCUCUGUCAUCAGCUCUUCCACUUUACACAACGUGGGGCCCAUCCGCAGGAGAAACUCGGAGAAGUUCUGCACCCCAAUAUCUUCAGAACUUGCACAGAAUCACGAGUUUUACAAAAACGCAGACGUCCGGCCGCCCUUCACGUACGCCUCGCUCAUCCGGCAGGCCAUCCUGGAGACCCCCGACAGGCAGCUAACGUUGAACGAAAUCUAUAACUGGUUCACGCGGAUGUUUGCCUAUUUCCGGAGGAACACGGCCACCUGGAAGAACGCCGUCCGCCACAACCUGAGCCUGCACAAGUGCUUCGUGCGCGUGGAGAACGUCAAGGGAGCUGUCUGGACCGUCGACGAGCACGAGUACCAAAAGCGAAGGCCACCAAAGAUGACAGGGAGUCCGACUUUAGUCAAAAACAUGAUUUCAGGACUCGGUUACGGAGCACUUAAUGCAAGUUACCAGGCUGCGCUGGCAGAGAGCAGCUUCCCGCUGCUGAACAGCCCCACCAUGAUCAACACCAGCUCCGCCAGCGGCAUGCUGCACGUGGGCCACGACGACGUGAGCAGCACCGUGGAGCAGGUCAACAGCAACGGCAGCAACAGCCCGCGCCUCUCCCCGCAGCAGUACAGCCAUCCAGUGCACGUGAAGGAGGAACCAGCUGAGGCAGAGGACGACAGCAGACCCGUCUCACUGAUGGCCACCACCAACCAGAAUGUGACGAUUCCCGACGACAGGGACCUGGAGGAGGAGCUGCCGGUGGAAGACUUGUCCUAAGGACCCCUUCCUCCUCCCCACCGAGGGGCAAACCCUUCCCACCCUCCCGGCCGGAGACCAAGCAACGGCUCCCACCUCCCCAAGGUGACCUUCGGCGUUAACCUGUUUCUCAAAGGCACUUCCACAAAGCAAAAGGGUUUCCUUGGUGCAACAACCUGUUGCUGACGGCGCGUCCCUCACGCUCCCCACUGCCCCGCGCUGCAGCCCCGGUGACUGACCGACCCCUGCCGCGGGGGACAUCCCGCGACACGAGAAGCAAAAACCCAAGAGCUGGACUUUUUCUCCCCUCCUCCCUUGGUUAGUGACUGGUGAACGAGGAUGGUAGGUUGUUUCUGUCCGAAAUGGUCCCUCCUUCCUUCCCCGUGCACGGUGGGCACAGGGAAGGCACCUCUGUCCCCUCUUCCCCUGCGGUGCUCUGCCGUCCGGCGAUGCUCGAGCCUCCGCCAACGACCGCCCCGGGCAGGGAAGGCGAUGGCAGGAACCCGCUGUCGUCUCUCCGUCCCCCGGUGGGUUUUGCACUAGGAGGGACCGUGGACCUUGCCCACGUGCUGCCUCCACCCGGCUUCGGGGGAAGAAACAGCAGAAACGGGGGGCGAGUCCUCUGCCAUGGUUUGGAUGUCGGGCUCGCACCGUUCUCUCGCGGCUGGGGAAGGACGAGGACCGGCGCGUCGGUGGGACCGUGUCCCCUUCGCCUCGUCACCUCCGGCAGGCUGCUAAACGAGCAGAGCAGCCGGCCCCGGGUCGGCCGCCCUCCCCGAGCCCCCCCCCCAGUCCCUGCUGGUGGGGGGGCUGGUGGCACCCAGCAGCGAUGACCGCCACCAGCGCCGGGCAGCGAGGACACGGCUCCCUGCUUCCCUCUCAACGUCGGCUGCAGCGGGUGACACCCUCCCAGCCCGUGCAGGGAUGGCCACUGGCCCGGCUUCGACUUCAGGGAAAGGCUCCCGCUCCCCCGCGCGCCCGGUUCCUCCUCCGAAGCCGGGACGGGGUCUCUGAGGACGGGUAAUGGCGCGGGGAAGGCAGCAUCCAGCACCGCCGAGCCUUCUCCUGGGGGGCACCCGCAGAGGAGCUGGCGUGGGCAGAGCCCGGCAGUGAGACGCUGCUCGGCCAUCCUGCUGGUAGCAAAGCCGACCCCGGUGAAACCCCGUGGCGGCUGAACCUGGCCGUGGCCAGCGAGCUGAGCCUGCUGCCGCUGGGGCUCCCGCUUUCAUCUUUUCUUUUAAUUAUCCUUUUGUGUGCGUGUGCGUCCAGAUGGGAAGAUACCAAAAGAUUUCUAGAGACAGAAGGUCCGUAGUUCAGGUGAACAGAUGGUAUUAAUGCCAAAAAAAAAAAAAAAAAAAAAAAAGAAAUAUUAAUAAUAACGAGAACAACACAACCAAACACCCCUCUUCUCCCUGCUCUUUCUUUCGGUGGUGGUGAUGUGGGUACCCAGCGCCGGGCUCCUCCCGGCAGGCAGCCACGGCUUGCCGGGUGCCCCGUGCUGGCCUCGGGGACCAGCACCUUCCUCGGGGACCAGCACCUUCCCCAGCACGGCUGGGCUGGCACUGGCCGUCCUGGCACGCAGCGGGGUCUUGGGAGACUUGCUGUGAUGGAUGUGGAGCUGCUCUCGUUUUUUGAGCGCAGCUCCGGGCUCUCCCGCAACAACCCCGAGCGCCGCUCCGUCCCUCCCUGUCCCUGGUACCCUGGGUUGAGACACUGGCGGUGGGGGCUGCGUCAGUGCCCCAGCACACAGCCCCCGGCCCCAUGCCGGGCUCCUGGCGCUGGUACCCCGGGAGCUGCAUUUUUGGGUUAAAAAUGCAACACACGGCUGCGGGUCCUGGGCGGGGGGGGGGGGCUUGUUUGUCCCCGUGCAUCACCUCUGUGACAUCCCCAAGGGGCUGUUGGCCCUGUGGCGUGUCCCCGGGACAUACCUCCGAUCAUCCUUUUUGCUGCCUGGUGCAUCCUCGAUACCCAGGUGGCUGCAGAGAUUGGGGGGGGGGGGGGUCCGUGGGUCCCCCCCCUGCAGCCAGUGGUGAGGCUGACCGAAACCCCCCCAGCCUUGUUCCCCUGUGCCACCCUAGCACCGUCCGGGCCAUUCCGAGACCCUCGGGAAGCAGCAGCAGCCCCCCCCGGGCUGGGGGAAAAGCACAGCGCAGUGGGGCUAUUAACGGGGGUCAACCAGCAUCCCCCCUGGCUGGUGUUGCAGAGGGGGCCCUUUCCCCUCCCUAAAACGCCAGAAAAUCCUGCAAAACCCGCCCUCCCCAGCCCCACGCGUGGGUGGCCGUGCGGUGCCGUGCCGGCCUUCGCUAGGUGUCUCCACUCGACCCGUGUUUCUCCCCGCGCCGCAGCCUCGCUCGCGCCAUCGCUGCUGCCAAAAUACCAGGGCGAGGAGGUUUGCCAGGCCACCCGCUUCCCCUCGCCCUCCGGCCUCUCCCGGCUCGUCCCCGCCGCCACCGGCUCCCACCGGGCUCUGCCGGACACCAAAGACCCUGCCCAGGCUGGGGAAGGGGGGGGGGACACGAACCAAACCCCCGUCUCUUGCAGUGCGGGUGCAGCCCCGUCCCUCCAAAAGAGCUGCGAGGCCGGAGGCGCCGCAUAUUUUCCCCACCUGCUUGCUUUUCUUUUUUUCUUAAUUUUUUUUUUUUUUUUUUUUUCAGUCUUUUAAGUUAUUGUUUUAAACAAGUUUACAGCUGCCGCGGGCGGGCGUUGCUGGAGGGAGGCCGGCGUCGCGCAUUGCUGCUUUACUUGUACGGAGGAGCGGGGAGGGGUGGACGCGAUGGAUGUUGGGGUGCAGCCCCUUGGCCCCCCCCCCUCCGCUGCUGCUCAGCCGCUUCGGCAGGGGAUCGCCUGCCUCCAUCAGGCUUUUGGGUUUUUGCUUUGCAUCUCCCCCGGCGGGCAGCAAUUGUGCCUCUUAGAGCAGCACCAGCACCCGCUGUCACCCCUCGUGCUGCUCCAGCGUGUCUGGAACACCCCAGUGUCCCCGGGGAGGGAAUGACCUGGCCUCGUACUGGUGUAGUUUGUCCUUUCCGCAGAAGGGGAGGUUUUGCAGCCUGAUGGGUGCGGGCACGGUUGGUACCGCAGAUGCUCGGGAGCUUGCACGGGUGCGGGGAGGGCUGCGAGCCGUUGCACCGGCGGGUGGUGGGUGCUGCCGGCCCCGGCUCCCACCCGCUGCUGGGGCUGUUCUGCUGGCAGGUCCUUCCCCGCAUCCACGGGGCUGUGAGCUCUGCGUGGGUUCAGACCCCCCCCCCUCGCUGUUUCAGUAGCUGCUCCCCUUCGUUUGCUCUUCCUGAGUCCCUCGCCUUCCUCAUGCUCUUCAAAUUUAAUUUUUUAGCAGCUCUGCAACCCCCUGGUUUCCACAUAUGGUUCAGCAAAACCCAAGGCGGUCCAGGCACAAAGCCCGCCCGGCAUUGGCGAGCCCUCCGGCACCCACUGCGGUUCCUGCUCGGGGUGUGAUUUUUUUUUUUUAUUUUUUUUUUUAAGCUUUUCCAGAGGUACAGACAACCCCAAAAGGCCUCCCGGGGCCAGGGUGAGCUGCGUGCCUCCAGAUCCCCACGGGUCCAGCCAAAAUUCCCGUACGCCAUCACGCCAUCACCCCCAGACCCUGCGAGGACAACCUGGCGCCUUCCCCUCCGCGCCGUAUAUUCCUAUAGGUCUUUAGCCGCCAUCCUGGCUCCGAAGAGCACUCUAUAUAUAUAUAUUAUAUAUAUAAAAAUAAAUAUAUAAAUAUAAAGGAGUUUUUUUCUUUAAACACGUGCACAGGUUUGGAAAGUCCUGUGGCUCCAAGUGAUGCCUCUUCCCCGGCCGUUGCUGAAAUGGGAAUCACGGUGGGUGAUUUCACGGGAAACGUGCCCGGUUUGAUACUCAGGGGUAAAUUUAAUUCAUUCUCUUACCCCCCGCCCGGCCCGGCCGCCUCUGCAGGGUCCCAUCUGAACCCAGGUACCGUGUCCCUUCCCAGCCUCGCCCACGUCCACCCCUCUGGUUUAUUUUUUUUGCUGAUUUGAAUUUUACAGAAUUCUGCAUGUCUUACCUCAAACACACGCCAGAGGCAGGGAGGGGGGGAGAAGGAAGGAUAAAGGACCAAACGCAAUGUGUGGCAGAAUUGUAUGUCUGUAUAUAUUGAGAUAUAUAUAUGCUGGGUUUAAACCUACCAACAUGAAUUGUUCUUUUUGGUUUUCUUCUGGAUUUUAUUUUUUUUUUUAAUUUCCUGUUUCUUGGCCCCCCGGGGCGGUUCUGCGAGGGGAAGGUGUGGGCACCUCUCUGUAAGUAAAGGCAUUUUUCUGGUAUCUCUCACUGAAGGAAUUACUCAGUUUUCCAUGUUUUCCUUUUUUUUUUUCCCCAAUGAUUUCUUUGUUUUCCCCUGAAUAGCUAGCAUGGGUAGAGCCAGUGGGGUCGGAAACCGGUGCUCGAAGGGAAGGGGCGCUGAUAGCACUGGGGGGCUGCUGGGGAGGCCAGUGGAGGCGAAGGGAAAGCAGCAGCUGAACCUGCAUUAAACCAAAGGGUUUCUUUGCUUUGUUUACACACCUGGCCAGCCCAAGAGGAUCUCCCUGGAUCUAGGUUUUUGUCCUGGAAGCGUUGGGGAAGGUAGGGACAGGCCAGAGCCAGGGGCUCGGGGACCCUCCGCUCUCCGGAGCUGCCCAUGAUGGCCUUGGGGGACCCCAGGUGGGUGCCUGGGUUGGGGGCAUCCCCAUCCCCUGGCUGCUCCGGGGAAGCGCCAGCCCUGCCACAACCUUUUCCUUUUUUCCCCUUUAUUUUUUUCCAUCCUCUUUGGCGCUGGGUGGGAAGGUGAUGCUGGGGAGGUGGGACGAGGUCCGAGGGGGCUGGAGGGUGGAGGGGAGGGAGGAUGUGUAUAAAGUGACCCUUUCUCUCCCGCCGCCGCCUUCGCUGCCGCAUCCCUCGUGCUGUAUAAAGGAAAUAGCAUUGCUGUGUAUUUGUACUCUGAACUUCCGUGUGUCUGCUUUGGCAGACGGUAAACCCUUGUACAGUAGAUCUAGCUGCAUGUAAUCUGUAUGGACAAUGGCAUUAUAAAAUGCAAUAAAAUAAAUUACCUAU